AUGGACCAGCCACCAUGGACCGUUGAACAAAUCCUCGCCACUGGCAUCAUGGACCCAGAGUUCGAAGCUGCUUGGAAAGCCAACGGCUCGCCGCCAGGCCACAUUCCCGGCGGCAUUCCCACAUUUCAGAAAACCGUCCAGGAAACUCUACCCGAUGCUCAGCAAAUGCUCGCAGCUAGCCGACCGACGAACAUUGUUGAGAGAGAGUAUCAUAUUCCAAUCGACGACACAUUCUCAUCUCGCAUAGCCGUCUGCCAGUCCGCCAUCUCCAGUACCACUCCAUCCCCUAUCGUGAUUCUCGUUCAUGGCGGCGGCCACUGUGUUGGCUACCCGGAGCUGGAGCUUGCCACCGCGCGGGAACUAGUAUUGGCACAUAACGCUACUUGCAUUCUACCGUCUUAUCGCCUUGCACCAGAAUAUCCGUUCCCUACCGACGUCAACGAUGUAUUCGCAGUAGUGCAGUAUAUUGCCCGCAAGGCAGCUGAGAAAGAUGGGGGAAUUCUGCCUGCCAAUGCCGACCCGAAGAAGGGUUUCAUCAUUGGAGGGCUCUCAGCCGGGGCAGCCAUCAGCAACAUGGUGGCACAACUUGCCCGAGAUCUACAGCCUCCGCUUACUGGGCAGUUCCUAGCGUGUGGAGUUUAUAUUGACCCUGGUCGUGUCCCUGACCGUUACAAGGAGCUCUAUCUCUCCAUGGAACAGAACAAGUUUGCCCCAAUCCUCGACACAGAAGCUCUAAACCAGUACAUGAGUGCGUAUAAAGGGGACAAGCCGUCACCGCCAUUCUCCAUUAGCCAACAGCCUCACUCCGAUGCCAUUACAAGUAGACAUAAACUUCUGCCCCCUGUCUAUUUCCAGGUCGCUGGGAUGGACCCUGCACGGGAUGACAGUCUCAUUUACGAGCGCAUUCUGCGAGAAGAGUGCGGAGUGCCUACGAGAAUAGAUGUGUAUCGCGGCGUUCCUCACGGAUUUUGGACAAUGUAUCCGGAAUUGGCAGUCAGUCAAAGACGGAUGCGAGACGCUGUAGAUGGUGUCGGGUGGUUACUAGGGGAUAAGUAG